UUGCAGUGGAGCCGCGCUCUCCGAUGACAGCAGCAAGAGCAACAGCAGUUUUUUUAAAGCCUUUGCUGCUCUCCAUUUCCCUGCCUCCUGCUUGCAGAGCCCACUUCUUCCUUCUGUGAAAACGCAGAGGGAAGGGACCGAAAGCGCCAGGACUCGAGGAAGAGAGGCAGCGCCGUUAUGCAGCAGUGUGAUAAAGUCAAACAGGAGCGUGAUGAAGCAGUCAAAAAACUAGAGGAGUUUCAGAAAAUUUCUCACAUGGUUAUUGAGGAAGUAAAUUGUAUUCAAAACCAUCUUGAAAUUGAGAAGACAUGUCGUGAAAGUGCGGAGGCUUUGGCUACUAAGUUGAACAAAGAAAACAAGACCCUAAAAAGAAUCAGCAUGUUGUAUAUGGCCAAACUGGGGCCAGAUAUCAUUACCGAAGAAAUUAACAUCGAUGAUGAAGAUCCGUCCACAGAAACAGAAGGCAGCUCUGGUUCGUGCAACUCGCUGCACUGCCAGCAGCAGAUAAAAGAGCUGCGAGAUCAAAUUAUGUCUGGUCAUGAGGAAAAGAAGACCUUAGCCAUUGAGCUGGAAAACCUGAGAUGCAAACUUGUAGAAGUAAUUGAAGAAGUAAAUAAAGUAAAAGAAGAAAAAGCUGUUCUGACAUCAGAAGUCCAUAAACAGCGGAAACUGUUGGAAAAAUGUAACAGAGUGUCUGUGAUGGCAGUAGAAGAAUAUGAAGAGCUCCAGGUAAACUUCGACUUGGAGAAGAACCUCCGGAAACAAGCAGAGUCAUUUGCACAAGAGAUGUUUAUUGAACAAAACAAGUUGAAAAGACAGAGUCAGCUGCUUCUGCAAAAUGCUGCUCCUGAUCAACAGCUUUUGAAAGCUUUGGAUGAAAACGCACAGCUGACCCAAACACUAGAAGAAGAGAGGCUUCAAUACCAAAAAAAGGUCAAAGAAUUAGAAGAGCAGCUAGAAAAUGAAGCAUUACAUAAGGAGAUCAGUCGUCUUAAGCAACAGCUAGAACUUCUGGAAGACGAUAAAAAAGAAUUGGAACUAAAGUGUCAGACCUCUGAAGAAAAAGCUAAGGAUUUAAAGCAUUCAGUCGAUGAACUCCAGAAACGAGUACACCAGUCGGAAAAUCCAGUGCCACCCCCACCCCCGCCGCCGCCACCGCCACUCCCUCCUCCCCCUCCUAAUCCAAUUCGGUCCCUUAUGUCAAUGAUUCGUAAGAGAUCUCAUCCCAACAGCAGUGUUCCCAAGAAAGAGAAAGCUCCUCAACAGGAAUCAGGUGAAGUGACUGAUCUGAAGAGACAAGCAGUUGAAGAAAUGAUGGACAGAAUUAAAAAAGGAGUUCACCUUAGACCAGUCAAUCAAUCAAGCCGACCCAAGACAAAGCCAGAAACACCAAAGGCUUCUGACAGCGCAGUGAAAGAACUAAAGGGGAUACUGACAACCCUGAACACAUCCACGAGUUCAAGAAGCUUAAAAUCCCUUGAGAAGGACGGCAGCGAAACUGAGUUGGAGAGAAUUUUGCGGCGCAGAAAGGUGACGACGGAGCCAGACAGCGGCUGUCCCAUGGGAGCCCUGGCCACGUCAGAAUCGAAAUCCAUGCCCGUGUUAGGAUCGGAAGUCAGCACAACACAACCUGCAUUGGACAAGAAACCCCUGGGGGCAAAAUUUGGCUCCAAAGCACCCGAUUCAGGUGAAGGGUCUCAUCAAAUGAAAGGAAGCACAAGUUCCAAGGGUGUAUUUCAAUCACCUAGUUAUGUGGAUUUUGCAAGAAAAUCUUCUAGCUGUGAAAAGCAGACUGAGUCCAUUGUAGUUUUAGAUCCUGUUUCCAGCAGUGAAGACCAGAUGCCUGAAAAACUCCUAAAACAAGACAAAGUGGAGGAAGAAAAAAGUAAAAAAAUUGAUAAUGAAACGACUGUUGAGAAAACAAAAGAGUCUGAUAGUUCCAACUGUUAACUGUUAGGCUAAAAGCUGGGACUUUAGCAGUCCUUACUAGUAAGUAUAAAUUUCAUAGGUCUGAGCAAGGAUGCUCAGUACUAAUACUGUAUGCAAACUGUUUUUGAUGAUGGUUACUGAAAUGACCUUUUGUAUACAGUCUUGUUAUAUGCAUUAGUGGGUCAUGUAAAUACAAAGGUCAGUCAGAAAGUAAUGCCUUCUAUUAUUUUCUCUCAGCCAAAUAUUGAAAAAAAUAUUAAACAUGGAUGGUAAAUUUGUACCGCUAAACACACACCUAUUUUUGCUAACAUAGUCUCUUCCUUCAAUGGCCCUUUUUCACUGGUGAAUGACCCAACAUUAUAUGAAGGUUAGAAAAAAUGCCUCCUAAUUUUUAUCUCCUAAGCAAGCCACAGACGGUAGUGGAUGUUCUUGACUUUAUGCCUAAAGAGGCCAGAGCAAACUUGGAGGACCGUGUCAAGACCUCAGAGAAACUGAAAUAUCAAAUGCAGAGUUUGUCCCUACAGAGACAAGUGAAAGGUGCAGCUUCUGCACAGUAACACUUGUCCGUAGGUCAGCCUGCGCACCACAGACGUGGAGGCAAUCUCAGCCCUUGGAUAGACCGUGUUGCCCUAUCCUCCAGAGAGUGAAGAGCAUACUGAUGGCAGUAUUUGAGGGAUGACGGCAGCCAUGGCUACUGUAUGAUAGGGGCUAUACAAGGACAAGGACUUUUCCAAUGUCAGGAUGCAUGGCUUUGUUCACCAGUUGGAAAUAGCCAUUGACAGAGAAGGAAACGCUGUUGAAAAAUAGCUGCAUGUUUGGCGAUGAUGUAGAAAUGUUCUGUGCAAGUUUAAUAUUUUUUCAAUCGUAUUUGGCUGAGGGAGAAAAAACAGGCGAGCCUUCCAGGCUGACCCUCGUGUAUACAAUUCAGAAUCCUUUCUUUCUGUUUUGGUCUUGUGUAUGCAUACUAUCUUCUUUAAUAUGUUACUUGGAUUCUUUUAAAAUAUUGUUAACAUUUACUUAUUUUAAUGAAAAGACACUUUGCAAAGGCCAGUAACAGUCUGAUCUGAAGCUCGCUGCUGUCACUGGAAAGGCCCCCACUGACUUCAGUGGGCUUUGGAUAGACCCGGAGGCGACAAUUGCACAAAAAUAUUGGACUGAUCCCAACAAAAAUCCACUCAAGACACUGCCUUAAAAUGUCUUUGAUACCUAUUUCAUAGGGGGCUGUAUUGGUCUCUUUUCUGGUAUGUUUAUAUGGGCCAUUUUGUUGAAUAGUAAAGCACAAGUACAGAAUUUUUGCUUCAAAACAUGGGUUUAUUUUUUUCUGCCAGUACCGAGUUGACAGGUAGUGAAAGCAGGCAGUGCAGCAUGCUAGUUUUGUACCAGGAGUUUUGGUGAUGAUCUUUAAACAUAGGGGUCUGGGAAGUCAAGCAAAUGCUCCUGUUUACACUGAGAGCUCUUUAGAGCAAAGGCUCUCUUAUUAUUUCUUUGUACAGCACUUAGCGCAAUGGGAACCUGAUGUGUUUGGAGCAUCCAGGCACUGUUAUAUUGCAUAAAUUACACUGAGCUCUUGUGAUUAAGGACGGUGCAAAUCAAUGUGUACAAGGUUGGGGCUCUUUGCCAAUCCUACUGUUGAUUUGUACUCAAGAUGAAGAAUUUCAGGAUCAGACCCAAUAUCGCUAACAAGUAAACUUUUGACUUAAUUCCUGUAAACUGUUGUGUACUGCGGUGACAUGAGUUGUGUUGGUAGGUGAGAGCACAAGUACCACCCUUUAUCAGAGUCCUUUCCAAUGGAGUUAGAUUGACAGGUACAUAAUUUACUUGCUUUGAUGCCAAUCCACAUUCCAGAGAGGUUUGUAAAAGCAAACACAAUAUUUCACUUGAGUACAUUGAAGAAACAAAUAUAAUCAGGGAUUUUUACCUUAAAGUAAAGAUUGGUGUUACUGAAACUUGAGUGGUGAUGUACUUGAAUGCUCUGGUUUUUUGCUUAAUGAAAUGGUGAUAGUAUUUUAACUAUUAAGGAUGAAUGUGCUCAGUUUGUUAGUGUGGCUCUGCAUGUAGUUGUCUGGUGCGUCUCUUCCAAAGCUGAUAGUAAUGAGUAUGGUUGUUAUGCUCUUUUUCUCUUGGUGCAUGUUUGAUUAAAAAAAACAACAACAUUGGGGUUGAUCUAAUUAUCUAUCUAAGUGUAUUUCCUAAAUUAGGGGAAAUUUGUCUAUCAUUUAAUUGUUUAUCUGCAUUUCAGUGGCUUUUUCUAAUAGUUGGUUUUGCACUUCUGUGUUAUCCUGAAUUUAAAACGUGACAUUUUAUAAAUGUAUUUUUCCUCAAAUUUUUAUUGUUGUAUAUGUUAACUGCAAAUUAUUCUAAAACAGAAGUUUUUAAAAAAUAUUUCUUUUACUUAGACUAUUUCUGUUACACUCCAAUAUAAAAUUAUUUAUCUUUUCAUCGUUGCUUAUUAAAAAGAUUACUGACAGUUUCCCAAA